GUUUACAAUAACAACUUGUAGGUUGAUAACGUUUUGCAACGCGAAACCCCAUUGGAUAAAGAGAAAUACUGUUUAUAUGUAUAAGAUCGCACGUGAAAAAUAAUAGUGUUAUUGUGUUAAAAAUGUAUCAUUUAAAGAGAAUAAUGAAAUGUAGUGCAAAGAGGUAUGCGGUAAGAUCAGUUCACCAAUCAAAAACACCUUUAACUAUUGCGGAUAUACCGCAUCCGAAGUCAUUACCAAUUAUCGGAACAAAAUUAGAUCUUAUACUUGCUGGAAGCGGGAAAAAAUUGCACGAGUAUAUUGAUAAUCGACACAAACAAUUAGGCCCAAUAUUUGCGGAACGACUAAGUGGGAACACGGACCUUAUUUUUAUAAGUGAUCCUGCAUUGAUAAAAUCGCUUUUUAUAAAUCUCGAGGGUAAAUAUCCAAUUCACAUAUUACCCGACCCAUGGGUUCUUUACGAGAAAACUUAUGGAUCACAAAGAGGUCUUUUUUUUAUGAAUGAUGAAGAAUGGUUGUUAAAUCGACGAAUUAUUAACAAGCAUUUAUUAAGAGAAAAUGCUGAUGAUUGGAUAAGCGUUCCGGUAAAUCAAACUAUCGAAGACUUUAUAGAAAAGUGGAAAAACAAAUUAAAAAAAGGCUAUCUUAUAAAAGACAUUGAAUCUGAAUUGUAUCAACUUUCAACAAACGUUGUUAUAAAUGUUUUAUUAGGAUCUAAUAUUAUUUCACGUAGUCAAUAUUAUGAAGAAUUAUUAACUAUGUUUGCGACUUCUGUGAGAAAAAUAUUUCAAACCACAACUAGAUUGUAUGCAUUACCAGUUAACUGGUGCCAACGUUUGAAUUUAAAAGUCUGGAGAGAUUUCAAAGAAUGUGUUGAUUUAUCAAUAUUUAUAGCAAAAAAAUUGGCCCAAGAAAUGAUUAGACAAAAUGAACAAAGUAAUGGAUUGAUUAAACGAUUAAUGGCAGACAAUAUGAAAGAAGAAAUUAUAAUAAGAAUUGUUGCAGAUUUUAUAAUUGCUGCUGGCGAUACGACAGCGUAUACAACCUUAUGGAUUCUUUUGUUGCUAACCAAAAACGAUGAAGUUUUAAAGAAUAUUCGUGUUAAAGAUUCUUCGUAUGUAAAAUUUGUAGUAAAGGAAGCAAUGAGAAUGUACCCUGUUGCCCCUUUUUUGACAAGGAUAUUACCACAAGACACUUUUUUAGGAAAAUAUAAGCUGAAUAAAGGGACACCAAUAAUAGCUUCAAUUUAUACAUCAGGCCGUAAUGAAGAAAACUUUUCCAAACCAAAUUUGUUUUUACCUUUUCGCUGGAACAGAAAUGACCAACAAAAAGAAUACUUGGUCAAUCAUGUUCCUUCAGCAUCUCUUCCAUUUGCUAUGGGAGCACGAUCUUGCAUUGGAAAAAAGAUAGCUAUGAUACAAUUAACAGAAAUAGUUAGCCAGAUUGUGAAAAACUUUGAUAUUAAAUGUACUAAUAAAGAAAACAUAAAUUGUAUCACCUCACAAGUAUUAGUACCAGAUAAGCCUAUAGAGUUGGUUUUCAGUAUGAGAGAUGACCUAAUUAAAUUGGAAUAAAUAAAAGUCAUAAAAAUGAAUGUAUACAGUGUUAAGUGUUGCACUUUAUUUAUAUUUGAUUAUGCUUUAUUGAAUACACAGAAUACAGUAACACAUU